AUGAUAGGAAUUAAGAAUGAAGUGAACAAUAAUGAUAAGCAUAAAAGAAAGUUUGUUGAAGAGAAUAAAAAGCAUUUUCACAAUAAAUAUAAUAGACCAAAUAAAAGGAACAACAUUGGAAAUAAUGGAAAGAGAAAGGGAGGAGGAGUAGAAGAAGGAGGAGGCGGGGGAGGAACCCCAUUCUACAAGGAAAAUAGCAAAUACAUAUUUGAAGGAAGUGUGAAAAUAAAAAACAAGAGUAAUCACAUUUUUUACAACAAGGCCCAGGUGUUUAAUCGUGACAUGAGCAUUAUUUUGAUAAAAGCGUUAGAAAUAUAUUUAAAAAAUAAAAAUAAGGACAACGGAAAAAUCCAAUUCAGAGGAUUUAACGUCGUCGAGUUGUUAAGUGCAAGCGGAAUAAGAAGCAUAAGGUAUGUGAAGGAAUUACGAGAAACCAUAAACCACAUCAUCACAAAUGAUAUUGACAAAUAUGCCUGUAAACAGAUAAGGAGAAAUUUUAAAAGAAAUCAGAUUAAUAAGGAGAAGUAUACAAUUUUAUGUAAUGAUGCAAAUAGCGUUAUGAACAUCCUUAAUGUGGACAAUAUUUAUUCGAAGAAGAGAAACACGAAAAAAUUAGAUGUUGGUUUUACCUACGUCAACAGCAUCACGGAUUAUAACGACUACUUUAAGGAAGCUUUGAAAUUUUUAAAAUAUAUAACGAAUUACAAUAGAGGCAGAAGCAAUAACGAGGUUAAGGAGGACAUUAGUAUUGAUAACUCUCCGCAUCAUAAUAAUGGUAUUAAACAUGGUAACAACGGUAGGAGUAACGUAGGCACGAAAAUUAAACCUAUUGAGGAUAACCAUGAUUUAGUGGACAGUGACUCCACUGCGUUCUCGAGCAAUGAGGAGGACUUCACCAAAAUUGAUAUGCUGGACGAGGCGCACGACGAAAGGGUGUACGCGGAAAGGGCAAGCGCAGCAGAAGCGGGGAGUAGGUCAUUGAAGGGGGCAGCAAAUGGGGGAGAAAACGGUGGAGCAAAUGGGGCAGAAAACGGGGAAGCAAACGGGGAAGCAAACGGGGGAGCAAACGGGGGAGCAAACGGGGGAGCAAACCACAGAGAGACGAACCCGUUCGGGGCCACACAAAACGCAGGCGAGAAAACCCCCCUGAACGAAAGCAUGAUGGAUGAAAUUAUACAAAGGAGCAAACUCACGGAAAAGUACAUGUUCGAUAUAAUCGACAUAGACCCAUACGGAUCGUCCAUAGAGUACCUGGAAAGCUGCCUAAAAUAUGGAAGAAGCAAUUUCUUCAUAUUAAUAACGAAUACAGACAUGAGAGUAUUGAAUGGAAAAUUCCCAGAUGUUUCUUUUUACAAAUAUAACAGCAUGAUAUUUAGCAAGAGAGUUCAUUACAAUAAGGAGUAUAGCAUAAGAGUACUGUUUUACAAAAUAAAAACGAUCGCCUCGAAGUAUAAGAAGUGCGUUAUUCCAUUUUCUUCUCUUAACAUUGACUUUUACAUUCGCAUAUUAGUACAAGUCGUAGAUGAUGCUUUACAGACAAAGGACCUCUGCGUCGAUAGUGGGAUGGUUUAUCAGUGCAACAAUUGUUCCAGCUUUUAUAUCAAUCCCUUGGCAUCGAAAAAGGACAGGAAUAUUUCAGUAGCGGAUAAUAAGAGGUACAACAAGAGGUGGAGACAGAACAAGCAUAAGGAUGGGGCAGUUUUAAACACCGAGGAGGAGGAGAAAAAGAAAGAGGAGGAGGAGGAUCAGAAGAAGGAAAAGGAGGAUGCCCAUGAUGCAGAAGAUAUUCCAGACGCACAGUUAGACCAUUUGCAUGAUGCUAAUAAACAUGCUCAUGAAAAGGAAAAAGGCACAAGUGGAGAUUUUGCGGAUGACGCAACUGAUGGGGAUACGGCGGAGAAUGUGGAGGAUGGGGAUAAUACGGCUGAUAAGGUACCAUAUGAUAACGUGGUAGAGAAUGAAGAUAAUUUUGAACGACUGAUCAAUGGCGAGGACGAGGGCAAUAUGGAAAAUACUGUGCAUAGCGAGCACACAAAAAAUGGGGGAGAUGUGGCUAGCGGCGCGCCCCGUAACGCGGCUGGUGACAUAACUGGUGACAUAGCUGGUAACGUGACUGCUGACGCGACUGCUGGCGCGACUGGAGAGCCAUCUCCAAAGGGCCGACCAACGCACAGCAAUCCUGCCAUAGGAAAUAAAUACAAAAGCGGCAAAUUGACCAUUUCCAACAAGUGUGUAGAAUGCGGAGGAGAAAUACUAAUAGGUGGCCCCAUCUACAUCGGAAAGUUGCACAAUGUUGAGUUUAUCCACACGUGUAUAUCGUUACUGGAAAACUUACAAGAAUACAAUUUAAACACCAUCACAUCAAGGGAUAGAAUAUUAAUAAAUUUCAGGUGCCUAAAACAGGAAAUAAAUAUUCCAUUGUAUUAUAAUUUACCAGACCUUUUUAGAAAUUUUAGACUGUGCUCUAUCUCUAGAAAGCUGUUCGUGAAUGCACUGCUAAAUUUGAAUUAUGAAGUUUCGUAUUUUCACAAGGAUCCAGAUAGUGUCAAGACAAACGCUCCUAACGAUGUCUUUAUGGACAUUUUUCGUGCCAUUAUUUUUAAAGUAAAUUCCAAAAAGAGAAUUCCCGAUGCUGCGGAAAGGAAGAAGGAGGAAUUUAAUGCUCUGAGCAGUAAGAAAAACGAAGCCACGGAAGAGAGCCCCAAAAAAGUAUAUUCCAUAAAUACGAUAAAGGAUGAAAAGUUGAGAGAAAAAUUAUUGUCGUAUGAAUUUUUUAAAAAGAAUUCGACCAUUGACAAUAUCAAUAUUUCUGUUAAUAAUAAAGAGAAUACUGAUCAU